UCACCAGAGUUCAGUUGUAUUUCUAAUUUGAAGACUCAUACAUCAUUAAAAGCGCGUUAGCAUGGAACAGUGGAAAAAUCGUGUAGCUGUAGUCACAGGUGCUUCAGCAGGAAUUGGUGCUGCGAUUGCAAAGGAUCUUGCGAAGGCGGGAAUGAUUACAAUUGGAUUAGCACGAAGGGUCGAAAGAGUUGAAGCUCUUAAAAAGGAUCUUCCAGGAAAUGUUCAAGGAAAUCUUCACGCUGUGAAAUGUGAUGUGUCGAAUGAGGAUGAUAUUGUGAGAGUUUUCUCUGAAAUUGAUGCAAAGUUCAAUGGGAUUGAUGUGUUGAUCAACAAUGCAGGUGUUGCUCGUCACACUGAACUGAUUAAUAAGGAUAACUCCUCAAAAAUUCGUGAGAUAAUUAACACAAAUGUUUUCGGGGUUGUUUUCUGCACAAGAGAGGCCUACAAAUCAAUGGAGAAGCACGGAAGAAAUUCCCAUAUUGUCCAUAUUAAUAGUGUAGCUGGACAUUACCAAAUGCAAAUACCUCUCUUAAAUAUCUACCCCGCAAGUAAACAUGCAGUUACCGCCAUAACGGAAAUCCAUCGCCAGGAAUUUAUAAGGAGCAAACAUCACAUCAAGGUGACCUCUGUGAGUCCUGGGGCUGUGAAAACUGAAAUGAUGCCAGAUGAUGUUGAGGAAAGGUUGGGCAAAAUUCCAUUCUUAGAGGCUGAAGAUAUUUCCCAGAGUGUCCUUCAUGUCCUCGGAACACCUCCUCGUGUUCAAAUUCACGAACUUAUCAUCAGACCUUUUGGGGAGAGAUUUUAAUGCUUUGUAAAAAUUGUUCACAAAAUACCAUGUUGUUCAAAAAAUAAAUAUUUUCUACUAAAAUGUUCUUUCUUUAAUU